AUGACCGUAGGACCUUGUUUAAUCGUAACCAUUAGUGUGGCAGCACUUCUGGUGGUACUGGUCAGCUUUUCCACCGCUGAUGUUGGGAAAUCACUUCAGCAAGCGAUCUCGCCUCAUUCCGGCUAUCCAGUGUGGCAUCCUCCGAUCGAAGACUUUGAUCCACAAUUGUAUGACACGGCAAUCUUCUUUAACCUCAUCUCGGAAGUACUGAGUACCUAUUUUAUCUUCAAGUGGGUGACUUCGAGUGAGAAAAAGCAUGCCACCUAUUUCGUUUUGGAUGAUACCAGAACGGCUACGACCGACAAAUUCAAUUAUCUUUUGGGCGCCUAUUGCCUCUUCACUUCUAUUAACGCGGUGGGCGGAAGGCUUACCUCGAAUACCUCUGUCGGGUGGCUGGGAUUCUAUGUAUUUUUGGUCUCCGCCCUGUGUCUGUUACUCAAAUGGCCUUAUGAUGCGGCUUGGUUUAAGAUGCAAGGGCUCUGUUCCGACUUCGCCCUUUUCGCCCAAUUCGUACGAAUGUACGUUACCACGAAACGUCACUUGCGAGAUGGUCACUCUGAAAGGAGACCUCUUAAUAACAAUGUGGAUGCAGCGGAGACAGCUGUGGAACUUCACCAUCCACCCGAAAAUUCUGGAAUUGUUCAUCCGUAUCAAAUAUUGUUUUUGGUCGUCGCUUCGUUUUUCCACAUCCUUGGCAAUAUCCUGAUUAACGAAUUCUUUAUUCCAUUCUCGAUCAGCUACCUUUUAUUCUUCUUGACGUACAGCAUCACAUACCCGACCUACGCGUACUUUGUCUACCUGACCUACAACUCUCCUUCCAUUCAUCAAAACAAGCUCAUUUACUUACCCGACACCGCCGGCUGGAAGGUGGCCACCGUGACGAUCUCCGCGAUUACACUUUCACUCUUGACCAUGCGGUUAGCCGUUUUGACACAAUAA